UCACGCAUCCGUCACGGUGCCUGAGAAGACACGCCAGUGACGCGCUGGGUCCCCUCCUCCUGCCCACGGACACAUGCUGCUAGGGGUGCAGCCAGCUCGUAGCCCCGAAACACCCUCGCGCGAUGGAGAGGACAAAACUGCCAGGGACAUGGAGACAUAGCAGCACUUAUAUUUUAUGUGCUUAAAAAGCCAUCUGUGGUGGAGCCAGGCGGCAGGCAGGGAUUCCCGGAAGGCAAUGGACGGAGACAGGUGCUCUGGGACUCGAUGGAGGUGGGAACUCUCCUAACAGUCCAUUGUCUUCUGCUGAGAGCCCCAGACUUGCUGCAGAGACCUUCCUUCCCACUCCUCUGCAAAAAGCGCUAGCGAAAACAGAGCACCAUGUACACCUUCCUGCCUGAGAACUUCACACCAGUGAAGCAGAAGCCCUCCAAGGAGCUGAGGCCCAUGCUUGGGGCCAUCUUGCUGGGCCUCAUCCUGUUCAUUGCCGCAGUGGUGGCCUGGUGCUACUACACGGUGUCCCUGCGGAAGGCGGAGCGGCUCAAGACGGAGCUGAUGGACCUGCGGGCGGAUGGCUUCAUCAUCAGGAACCAGCACGGGGAGGUGGUCUUCCGGCUGGCCUUCCGCUCGGGCAGCCUUGACCUGGAGUCGUGCUCCAAGGAGGGCGAGAUUUUGAGCUGCACGCGGUCGGGCGGGGGACCGCUCAACUUCUUCAUCCAGACGGUGAAGCCCAAGGACACGGUGAUGUGCUACCGCGUGCGCUGGGAGGAGCUGGCGGCCGGCCCGGCGGUGGAGCACACCAUGUUCUGGGAGGACGCUCACUGGUACGGGGGCUCGGAGAUGAGCACCCAGCACUGGCCCAUCCGCCUGGCCGGCUACCAGGAGCCCGUGCCCUACGUGACAAGCGAUGUCUACUCCUUCCGCGACAGCUUUGGCGGCAUCCUCGAGCGCUACUGGCUCUCCUCCAAGGCGGCGGCCAUCAAGAUCAACGACUCCGUGCCCUUCCACCUGGGCUUCAAUGCCACUGAGCGCGCCCUCUUCUUCCAGGCCCGCUACAAGGACUCGCCCUACAAGCCCCCGCCGGGGCAGCAGCCCUUCCCCGAGCUCAGCUACCGGGUGUGCGUGGGCUCCGACGUCACCUCCAUCCACAAGUACAUGGUGCGCAGGUACUUCAACAAGCCCUCCAAGAUCCCUGCCGAGAACGCCUUCCGAUACCCCAUCUGGUCCACCUGGGCACUCUACAAGAACAAUAUCGACCAGGAUAAACUCUUGCGAUUUGCCGAGAAGAUCAAGAAGUACCGUUUUAACUGCAGCCACAUUGAAAUUGAUGACAUGUACACGCAAGCCUAUGGGGACUUUGACUUUGACCCCGUCAAGUUCCCCAACGUAACGGAGAUGUUUGCAAAACUGAGGGAGGAUGGGUUUAAGGUCAGCCUGUGGACUCACCCUUUCAUAAACUACAAUUCCUCCAACUUCGGGGUGGGGAUCGAGCGUCAGCUGUUCAUCAAGGAGCCAUCUGGGCGGUUGCCAGCCAUGGUGGAGUGGUGGAACGGCAUUGGGGCCAUCCUGGACUUCACCAACCCAGCAGCCCGGGACUGGUUCCAGAGCCACCUGCGCCAGCUCCGACACAAGUAUGGCAUCUCGUCCUUCAAGUUUGACGCAGGUGAGACCAGCUACCUGCCCAAGCAGUUCAGCACCUUCCGCCCGCUCUCAGACCCCAGCAUCUGGUCACGGCGCUACACGGAGAUGGCCAUCCCCUUCUACGAGCUGGCCGAGGUGCGGGUGGGCUACCAGUCGCAGAACAUCUCCUGCUUCUUCCGCAUCAUUGACCGUGACUCCGUCUGGGGCUACGAGCUCGGCCUCAAGUCCCUCAUCCCCACGGUGCUCACCAUC